AUGAGGUUCAGUCAGUUGUCCUAUAUUGCUGCGCUCGCUGGGAGCCAGCUCGUCGCCGGUGAUGGAGAGGCUCACGGCGAAGGCCUUGAGGGCAGUGUCAUGGGUCCUGUUGCUUUCCUCUGGCCUGAUGACCGACCUUGGAGCGCUUCAGCCGACAACGUGGGGCCUUGCGGAAGCUCCAGCGGUGUAGCUAACAGGACUGCUUUCCCUCUCACUCAGGGAACUGUUGCCCUAUCAAUCGCCGAUGAUGCGUGGAAUGUUAACUUCUCCAUCGCAUAUGACAAUACACCAACUAUCCAGAGCCAGUUCAGCCAGCAAGUCGUUAGCGACGUCACAGAGAUUGAGCCUGGCCACCAAUGUUAUAAGAUUGCCGAUGUCCCAAAUACCGUAGCCGCGGGAACCAACGCCACAAUCCAGUUAGAGUAUUGGUCUAACGUUGACAACGAGCUCAAUGGUAGAAACCAGACCUUCUACGCUUGCGCUGACAUCACCUUCGUUGAGUCCAAGGACAUGAAGAUCCAACCUCCUUGCUUCAACGUGACAGCAACAGACUUCGAAUCCGGGGACUCAUCUUCUAGCUCUACCCCAGCACCAAGUACCACAAACGCCGCCUCUGACGCAAACGUGGCCCCUAGCUCAGGCUCAUCUGGUGAUGGUCUAUCCGGCGGCGCAAAGGCAGGAAUUGCCGUUGGCGUAAUCGUGGCCUCUCUUGCGAUUGUGGGUGUUAUUGCGUUUGUACUCCUCCGGAGACGUAAGACCCAGACACUCGACAAUGAAGCAGUGGCUGCCGCUUCGAAGAACCAACCUGAGGUUGCCUCUGUAAACAGCCAAAGACGUUAA